GGCGGGCGGUGCACGCAGGCGGCCAGCAGUCCUCCCGCCGUCCGUUCCUCCCUCCCGCCGGGCCGCAGCCCGCGGGCGCGGCCAGGAGGCGGCGGGGCCGCGGCUCCCCGCCCGCCUCCCAGGCACGGCGCGGCCCGGGACUCUCCGCCUUUCCGCGGCUCUCCGUCCGCCCUCCGGCGAGAUGUUAUGGCCGAGCCGGCGCAGAAGGGCGGCGUAGGGCAGGGCGGGCGGCGGGAGGAUGAGGCGGCUGCGGCCGCCCCCAGCUACGAGGACUACGAGUGCAAAAUCUGCUACAACUACUUCGACCUGGAGCGGCGGGCGCCCAAGCUGCUGGAGUGCCUGCACACCUUCUGCCAGGAGUGCCUGAGCCAGCUGCACCUGCGGGCCGCCCAGCAGCCGCCCGCCGCCUCCGCCGCCGAGUCGGGGCCCGGCCGCUCGGCCGGCGGCUCCCUGGCCUGCCCGCUCUGCCGCCACCGCACGGCGCUGCCCGACCACCGCGUCCACGGCCUGCCGGUCAACACCAAGCUGGCCGCCGCCUGCCCGCCGCAGCUGCGGGCCCGCGACCCGCUGCCCCAGGACAGCCUCCCGCCGCUGCCGCCGCGCCGCCCGCCCCGCGCCCGGGAGGCGGCGGCUGCGCUCGCCCCGCCGUCCCCCGCCCCCGCCGGCCGCGCCGGGCCGCGCUCCUCGGGCGGCGGCUACGAGAGCUGCCAGAGCUGCAAGCGGGCGGCGCUGAGCGCCGGCUGCGUGUGCGUCGUCGUCUCCUUCCUCUCCAUGGUGGUGCUGCUCUUCACCGGCCUCAUCUUCGUCAACCAGUACAGCGGCGACGCGGGGCCCGGCGCCUCGGCCUCGCCGUCGCCCGUGGGGCCCAUCUGCCUGUCGGUGGCCAGCAUCCUCGCCCUCUUCUCCGUAGUCGUUACAUGGCUCAUCUGCUGGCUCAAGUACCGGCCCGAGGCGGCGACCGGCGGGGCGACGGCCAACGGCACCCCGCGGGGCCGGGCUGCGGCUGCCCGCCGGAGCGACUCGUAGCGCCGGCGGAGCGGAGCGGGGCCGGGCGGCGAAGGGUGCUGCGGGGCUGAGCGAGCGGGGCAAGAGCGCGGAGCGGGCUGGGAGGGACCCGGGCGCCGCUGUGAGGGGACACCGCGGCCAGGUGGCCCUGCUAGCGCGGGGAGCGGUUCGGCCGCCUUUGGGCGGUGUGAGCCCCGAACGGGCGAGGCCGCGGCUCUCACGGGUGUAACGGGCCCGCCAGCGGUGGGGCUGGGCCUGCUGUGGUGGCGGGGGCAGCAGGGCCCGGGCCCGCCGCCGUCACAAGUGCAGGACCUUGCCCGGCCAUGGUGACGCCCCAGGCCCGCCACGGUGGCACGAUAGGCCGUGCGGCCAGGCCAGCGCCCGGCUCUGGCGGGGCCCGAGGUGGCAGGGGUGGUCCGCAGGAUGACCGGGCGAAGGGCUGCGGAGGGUCCGUGCGCUCUGGAGGGAGAGCAGGACGCGUGUCUGUAGCAAAGAUGUGUGGAAGGGCGUCCCUGAGGAGCCGGGGCUCUGACUGAGGCUGGGAAGCGCGCUCCUCCCCGCCUCUGUCGGGAGCGUACCCUCAUUUCUGUGCUCCCUGAUGCAGAAGGACGCAAUCUCGAUUAAAGAAAUCUGGCUUACUGUUGCCCCCACCUGGAAGAUAAUUGGAGAGAUUCACUGUGGUUAGGAGCAGAAGAGGAUCACGAUGUUAAAUGCGUUUUGUGUUUUCCCUUUUGUGAAGUUAACAAGUACAUACAGAAGAAGCUGUAACAGAAAUGUAUUAUCUUAAAGAAACUGAGCCAAAGUUUCCCUACAAUGUAUUGAGAACGGUUUUGUUAUAAUUUUAUUAGAAGGCCAUUGGGCCCUCUGUUGGUUGCUUAAAAUAAGCUUUGUUACUUAAUUCUUUGAAAUUCUCAUUUAAUGUGGGAGACUGAAACACUACAUUGCACACUUAAAACAAUUUAUAGAGGAUGAUUUAAUUAAUGGAGCUCUAAAAUAGAGCUAAUAGACUGCAUUAGGGAGUAAUGUUUCACUGACCAUUGAUCUCAAUUUUUACACAGUGAGAGAAGCCCACAUUAAAGUACAGACUUUCAGCGUCACUGUAAAAGUGGAACGCAGUAGCAUAAUUUCUGUACUGAACGUUUACCUUUGAUCGAGGUAGCUAUGAUGAGACGAUGAUUUUCCCCUCUUGGUAAGUUUCUCUUCUGUGUUAUGAGUUUCUGUAAAGGCCAGUAGAAAAUAUUUCUGUUUUGCAAGGUUGGAACAUCAAGGUUAUCUCUGAAAUGUGAUGACAUGCUCAUAAUAUGAAAUGGAAAAACAUUGCCAUACAGCUGGUUUUGUAGUAUAUUAAGGAGAGCACUCUAUAUAGAUACUGUUCUAUGUUGCAGGAUAAUUCAUUUGGUGCCUGAAUUUUUUUUAACUUAAUUAGUUGUUAUAAUCUAUUCUAUUGGAAUAAGAUAACGCUGCUUAUUCCAUGUUUCUACACAGUACUGUAAUGGAAUGAGGUAAUUAUUUUCGUGCUUAACAAUUCAAGAAUUUUAAAAGUGAUCUUUUAGUAUGUGUGUUUUGCAAGCUGUCUGCAUGAUAUUCUGACAAGUAUCCUCUUAAUAGACCUUUACUUGACCACUUCUAUUUAUCACGAGUGCAAAGGAAUUUAUUAUGUAGAAAUGUAAAGACAGCAGGUGAAGGUAUGUGAUGUGUUUUAUGACUGCACAAGUGAUGUGUGCUGUGCGUUGUCUUGAUUAUCACAAAUCUGUGAAAAGCAACCCCCUGCCCCCAAAAACCCCACAUACCCAAGCAGUAUUUAUACAGACUCUGUUAUGAUGGACACAGUUUGUGGAAACAGUAUAUGAUUUUUGUGUCACUUGUGUGUAUUUAAAAAGAUCUGCACCAGCCUUUUAAAUCAUAUACCAUAAUAUAAAGACCCCGAGGAGAUAAAUUACUGGGAUCAACUGUGGCUCUGACCAUGGUUGGUGUGUUUAGACCAGUGUUUUCAAACUUGGAGUUGCUCAUUAGCCACAUAAAAGGUGUGUGCCUCCUAAAAUCAGGCCUAUCAGCCCUUGUUGAUUUCAGCAGUAGUUGUGGAUGUUCUGCACCAAAGAAAAUCACGAGACUUUUAUUUAAGCAUCUAAAUGAUAAUUUAGAUGGUUGACUUCAGGUAAAAAUAUUAGAAAAUUUUGGCCUUAACCUCUUUGUUCUUCAGUUAAUGCAUCUGUAAAGUUUGAUAACAGUGUUGACCUACCUCACAGGCAAGAUGUGAGGCUUUAUUUAUUAAAGUUUUUAAGCAAUUGGAGAUCCUUGAAGAGAAGGUGCUAUAGAAGUGAAAGUAUUAUUAUAAAUGAUACUGUAGUAAGAAUAAAUAUAUGUAAAUUAUUGGACAUAAACAGCAGCAAUGUUUUCUAAGAAAAAUAAAUAUAUGAAAUAUGUACAUGUGUACAUCAUAUGCACCAAUAUAUGAUUUACCUGUUUGUGCUUCUACUGCAAAUGCAGCAUGCAUUUCAGCAUUUCUGUUAAAUCAGGUAAGCUCCGGUACCUUGCAGUUCAGAUGGGCGCGCCCAGCAGUCGCUGCUGUAACUAACUCUCUCGUGCAGCCGUGCCGAAGCUGUGAGCCCUCGUGGGGCUCCGCCGGAGCUCACUGCCGGGCUCUUGCUCCACUCCUGCGAGCUUUCUGACCGCAGUGAGCAGCGUGGAUGUGGCAGACACAGUGCCGGCGCUGUCUGGGCGAGCGAGCUCGCACCAACUUGGCCAUGUUUACAGGAGCUGCAGUCGCAACAGAAGCUAUUGCGUAGCUAUGCCCUGAAAUACUGAUUACAGUAAGAAAUGUAUACUCCAUCUUUUCUUUCCACAUCAUAGUUUUAUUCUUGCCUUUUCUCUGUAAACAGUAUUUGCCAUUUUGACUAAACCAAUGGUUUCAUCUGGGAUCUGUGGACUACUUCUAAAGGAUCUGCGGAAGGUAAGUAAGAAGAGCAAAUAGAUCAUCAGAAGUUUAAAUUUUGUUCCAUGAGGGUCAACUUUAAAAUGUUCAGAGGUUGGCACAUUACAGACAGUUGAAGAUCACAGGCCUAAACAGGAUUUUCAGGUUUAUUCACAACUGAACAAUCACAUAUCAGGUUCCUAUCCGUACGUUUGAAAAUAUUUCAGAGCCAAAUUAAAAUGGACAGUGUGACCGUCUGCCAAAUCCCUCUCUCUGCUUAUGCAAAUUUUGGGAAACUCCACUGGUUUCAGGAGCGUUAGUCUCGAUCCACAUCAUAGUACCAGUUAGAAAAAGUCAUCCAUUGUAUGCAUCUCUGGCUACUGUAGAUUCCCAGUAUUAUAUUUGUGUUUUGGGUUCCUUUGAGUGUACAAAUUGCUUGUCCAAAGCCAAACUUCGCUCAAGUUUCAGUAAAAAAAGUUUAGUAAAAUACAAAAAAGAGAAAAUC